GUUGGGAGGGGACUGGAAUUACCGGCGAGAGCCCGGAACCGAGUGGGUACCAUGGAGUGAGACCCGUGCGAGAUCAGAGAGUCAUUGGAGCUACCACAACCAGCAUGGGGCCCUGGGGAGAAACAGAACUCCUGGUGUGGCGCCCAGAGGCAGGAUCUUCGGAGCCCCUGGUGCCUGUGGGACUGGAGGUGAAGUUGGGGGCUCUGGUGCUUCUGCUAGUGCUCACUCUCCUGUGCAGCCUGGUGCCCAUCUGUGUACUGCGCCGGCCUGGAGCUAACCACGAAGCCUCAGCUUCUCGCCAGAAAGUCCUGAGCCUGGUAAGCUGCUUCGCAGGGGGCGUCUUUUUGGCCACCUGUCUCCUGGACCUGCUACCUGACUACCUGGCUGGCAUAGAUGAGGCUCUGGCGGCCCUGCAUGUGACGCUCCAGUUCCCCCUGCAAGAGUUCAUCCUGGCCAUGGGCUUUUUCCUGGUCCUGGUGAUGGAGCAGAUCACACUGGCUUACAAGGAACAGUCAGGGCCACCACCUCUGGAGGAGACAAGGGCUCUACUGGGAACAGUGAAUGGUGGGCCACAGCACUGGCAUGAUGGGUCAAGGGUCCCACAGGCAGCAGGAGCCCCAGCAGUGCCUUCAGCCCUGCGUGCCUGUGUGCUGGUCCUUUCCCUGGCCCUGCACUCGGUGUUCGAGGGGCUGGCAGUAGGGUUGCAGCGGGACCGGGCUCGGGCUAUGGAGCUCUGCCUGGCUUUGCUGCUCCACAAAGGCGUCUUGGCUGUCAGCUUAUCACUGCGGCUGCUGCAAAGCCACCUGCGGACACAGGUGGUGGCUGGCUGUGGGAUCCUCUUCUCAUGCAUGACACCCCUAGGCAUCGGGCUAGGGGCAGCCCUAGCAGAGUCAGCUGGGCCUCUGCACCAGCUAGCACAGUCUGUGCUAGAGGGCAUGGCGGCUGGCACCUUCCUCUAUAUCACCUUCCUGGAGAUCCUACCCCAGGAGCUGGCUACUUCUGAGCAGAGGAUCCUCAAGGUCAUUCUGCUUCUAGCAGGCUUUGCCCUGCUCACUGGUCUGCUCUUCAUCCAAAUAUAGGGGGCUUCAAGAGAGGGGCAGGGGAGAGUCAUUGUCAGGUACCUUAUUCUCCCUCCUUUUCCCACAGUGUGUGGAAAUAAGAAGGAAUAGGGAGGGAAAGUACUGAGGACCCAAAUGUUCUCUGGGAGAUAGAGAUGGAGCCUUUAGGACUAAUGAGAGGGAAGUAGGCAGACAAGAGGCUGGCCUCAGGCCCAAGGAACAAGAGAUGGUCACAUCCCUAGAGACAUGAUCACAGGGCAGGAGGAUUGGGGAAGACAUCUGAGUGCUAGAAUCAGAGGAUGGACACUACAUAUAAGGACAGACUGACACUGGGGGGCAGGGGUGGAGGUGGGUACCCAGCUGCUAUGGGGUAUAGGUAUGGUGAGGUACAAGUCCAGAGUCAGCAUCCUGUUGGUUCUAACCCAUUUCAGCACUCUGCCACUUGGACUGGACCCCUGUUGAUUUUUUUGGCUUCUACUCUCGUAUCUAUCUUUCACUUCCCUUUUCCCAGGGAACUAUUGCCAAAUGGUCUCUCCCUGCCAGUUUUGGUAUCUUCUCUGGCCUCUCUAGUCCCUCUCACUCUUUUAAAGUGCCAAACAAAUCCCCUCCUUUCUUAAAGCACAGUGAGGUGGCAGUGAGCCCUGCCCAGCACCUCAGUAGAGAGGGGUUGCUUGUUCUUUUUCGGUACCAGAUCCUGGGAUGUGACAAAUGUUUUCUGGCCUGGGGUGAGGGAAGGAUUGGAGAGCUGCAGUGACCUAUAGCUGCUACACUCUUAAGAAAACAGGACUUGGAUGUGGUGCUCCAUGCUUAUAUGACAAACACUGAGCUGCCAAAACUUUGUUUUUAUACCUGAGAAGCCCAAGGAAAAUGUCCACCCUCAGGAUUACUUUUGGGGAGGGAGGGCUGUGCCUAGGGCCAUAUUCUCUAGAAUCUAUUUUACUAACUGACCAUGUUUUGGGACAUGCUACCCAAAUAAAAGAUGUUUCUCUACAUCUGUA